CACACACUCGCACACAGGCGCGGCGGCAGCGGGCGGUGCCGCCAGGUGCGCCCGCCCCGGCGCGGCCCCGGGGGGGCGGCCGCGGCUCCUCGCCACACCCCGCCGCGCCGGGAGCUCGCCGCCCCCCGGCUGAAGUCCGGUGCCGCCGCGCCGUACCGCGCCGUGCCGGGGGUGCUGUCACUCGGCGCUUCCAGCAUGCUCCUAAGAUGGCGGUAGCGGCGGCGGGCGGGGGCGGCCGGGCGCAGCGCAGCGGCUGGCUGGAAGUUUUGGUGCGGGAGCGCUGGCACAAAGUGCUGGCCAACUUGGGCGGCGAGGCGCUGGUGCUGAGCGGCGAGGAGCGCCCCGACGGCGCGGCCCACAACGGCCUGGGCGGCGAUGGGGCGGCGUGCCGCGGGGCCGAGGGCGGCGGGGGGGCGGCGGCGGUGCGCACUGCCUUCACCGACCCCCCCGAGCAGGUGCCCGAAGCCGUCUCCAACAAGAAGCGGUGCGUGAAGGUGCUGAAGCAGGAGCUGGGCGGGCUGGGCAUCAGCAUCAAGGGGGGCAAGGAGAACAAGAUGCCCAUCCUCAUUAGCAAGAUCUUCAAGGGGCUGGCGGCCGACCAGACCCAGGCCCUCUACGUGGGCGAUGCCAUCCUGGCCGUCAACGGCACCGACCUGCGGGAUGCCACCCACGACGAGGCGGUGCAGGCGCUCAAGCGGGCCGGCAAGGAGGUGCUGCUGGAAGUGAAGUACAUGAGAGAAGCUACCCCCUAUGUGAAGAAAGGCUCUCCUGUUUCAGAAAUUGGGUGGGAGACGCCUCCCCCCGAAUCUCCCCGCUUGGGUUGCGCCUCUGCUGACCCCCUGUCGCAGCUUUCGCUCUCCAUCCACAGAGACAAGAAGACAAUACCGCUCAAGAUGUGCUACGUGACGCGCAACAUGACGGUGUCAGACCCCGAAAACAGACUUAUUGAAGUCCAUUCACCUGAUGCCAAGCACACCGUGGUGCUCAGGAGUAAGGAUUCGGCUACAGCCCAGGCCUGGUUCAAUGCCAUCCACUCCAGUGUCAAUGAGCUCAUCCCCAGGGUGAUUGCAGAGGUCAGAGACCAGCUGGGUAAAACAGGGAUUGCUGGAAGUCGAGAGAUUAGGCAUCUAGGCUGGCUUGCAGAAAAGGUGCCAGGAGACAACGAGAAGCACUGGAAGCCAGUGUUAGUGGUCUUGACGGAGAAAGACCUCUUAAUAUAUGAGAGCAUGCCGCGGAUGAAGGAAGCUUGGUUCAGCCCUCUGCAUACCUACCCCCUGCUAGCCACCAGGUUGGUCCAUUCUGGCCCAGGAAAAGGCUCACCGCAGUCCGGGGUGGAUUUGUCUUUCGCAACCCGUACCGGUACAAGGCAAGGGAUCGAAACCCAUCUGUUCAGGACAGAGACUAGCCGAGACCUCUCACUGUGGACGAGGAGUGUAGUGCAGGGCUGCCACAAUUCUGCGGAGCUCAUCACGGAAAUCACCACAUCUUGCACAUAUAAAAGCCAGGAGUGCCGUUUGACCAUCCAUUACGAACAUGGAUUCUCUCUUACAACCGAACCGCAAGAUGGUGCCUUCUCUAAGACAAUUGCACAAUAUCCCUAUGAAAAACUGAAAAUGUCCUCAGAUGAUGGGAUAAGGAUGCUUUAUUUAGACUUUGGAGGAAAGGAUGGAGAAAUUCAGCUGGACCUUCAUUCCUGUCCAAAACCAAUCGUGUUCAUCAUUCAUUCCUUCCUGUCGGCAAAGAUUACAAGACUUGGCUUGGUGGCCUAAGUGGGAUACAUCUGUUUCUUCAAAGAAAGACAGAGCGACCACGCUAAUCUGAAGUACAGUCAACAGCAGCAAACCCGCACCAGCCAGCAGCGUACACCAGCUCGGGAUUCAGUACCAGGCCUUGGUCAUUUCUGCAGUCUUCCAAGGCCCGGGUUUCAUUUUGAUCAGCUAAAGAAGUGGCAUGACAAGGAAAACGGUGGAUUUCAUUGUAAAUAAUGGGAUUUUAAAAUCCUGUAUCAGGCAGUAAAAGUGUGUUAGUACGAUACAUGUAAAUGUUUCAAAAUCAUAAAUUGUGCCUAAUUCAAUGUACUUGUUUCUACAGAAUAAGUAAAGGGCUAAGCAGACAAGAGUGGGUGUUGGUUGUGAUGCAAGCUCAAGGUUGGUUGAGUAGAAGUUCUCCAAACAAGAUUGUCCCACCAUCCAAAAGUAAAAUAUUUUUUCCGUGCUAACCUGUGCACCACUUACAGAAGAUUUUUAUUUCAGAGCACUAUCAGAACCCGAAUACUCGUAUUUGCUCUGCUUGAAUACUCAGCAGAGCAAAUAUGCACCUUUGAGUAGGAUGCUCUAAAGCAAUACAGCUGUGGUCAGUGAACAGCUGGAGGGUCCCUGCCAAGGGGCCCUUUCAAAUUAAGUGAGAAAGACCUCUUGCGUACAUUCCUAGCGAUGGACCCAAAACCAGACCAGCUACAGCGAUGUAUUGAGAGUCAGCUGUCAGUGGGGCAUAGGUAGGGGCAUCCUCAAGUUACCUGGGUCUGCGUUGAAGCAUGCCCUAAGCUUCUGCCAGCACGUUUCCACAGCGGUUUUCCUGCAGAAAGCCGUGCUGCGCUUCCUGUCCUACCCCAAGUGUGUCACCCCCUUAGCGCUGCCGAGGCUGGUCGUGUGGUCUUGAUAGAAGAGCGGAUGUGAGGAAGGAGGAAGACUUGAUUUUUUUUUUUUUUGAGUUUUCUAGAUUAGAUCAGAAAAGUUAUUCAAGCAGCUCCAAAACAGCGAGGAAAUGCACUGGGGCAACAACAUGAGCUGCACCACCAGAUAAGCCUUAGUGUGGAAGGAACCACUCCUAUGAGCAUGACUUGGCAAGUCCAGGUUUACUCCUUGCUGGUGAAACGUAAGAGGUUCACCUCUGUCCCCAUAACUUAGUAGUUCCUGUUUUGCACCACAGCUUACUGUUUUAAGUCAAAACACUUGGAGUUUCACCUUGUUCAUGGUUACGUUGGGCACAAAGCUGGCAGCAGGCGGGAACGCCGACCUUUGUCGUCGGAGACCAUACGCACAGCUUGCACCUGGAACUACUAAAUUGGCUGAAUGUGGUGAGUGGGAACAGAAAGAAGUAGAGCGGGGAUGGCAUUUCUGUUGCUCUUUGUAAACAAAACUGCUUCAUAUAGGGGUGGGGGUUUGUUUGCUUUUAGAGUUUUGCCCUGAAUUCACACUUUGGAGGACAGGAACUGUACAGGAAGAAAUAAAUCCAAAGUUUGUAGAAGUUUACUUGUCAUACUACAACACUUCUUUUAUUCUUGAGAAAGCACAGAAGUUUCAACUUAAUGUGACUUAGCUGGCAGAGAGGAAAAUUAAGAACACCAUUGAGUUCCAUGUUGGUUUUAAGCUAAGUCUUGAGCGUUAAGCGUAAGUCAUGCUGUUUUUUCACAGAAUUAGUUUGUGGUGGUUUCCAUAGAUAUCUUAAUCACUGAAACUAAUUAAAAAAUUAAGGUGACGGGCUGAAUUCGCAAAUACUGAAAAUGGUCAUUGAAGAACAAUAGCUAAAUUGCCAUUUGGAAGAGCAGCCCCGCUCUCAGCACCUCCUGCAGUCAAAAACGGGCCUGGGAGGGGUAUUUAGCUGCAAACUUUGUUUUUACUGUCACAGUACUUGCACUUGAAAAUUAAUUCCUCGUGUAAAUUCACAAGGUAGGAGAGAGCAGGUUACAUAACUUACCCAUAAUUUCCAAACAGAGAUUUCUCAUUUAGCCGCCUCGCAUAACCUUCUGUGGCAGUUCCUUGGGUCUCCUUUGGCUUGGAAGCUUCUAGAACGUCUUCAGAGAAGCCGAGAGCAGUCGGUACGCUGGGGGACUGUGUCUUUGAGUAUGAACUCCCAUCACAUCCUCAUGUAAAACUGUGUGUGAAGUUCCCAAAAGUGAAUCAGGACACUUUCAUUGCUGUUCCAAAGUAUAACUGAAAAAUCUGGACACAGGCUCCUAUAAAAUUUCCAGAGGUUCAAGUGAAAACUUGCGUACUGUGGGGUAGGUUAAAUACAUAUGUAAACUAUACUGCACUAUUUCCUUAUUCCUUUAACACUUACAAAUCACUGGAAUGUUAUACUUAACAUGUACCUGCAUUGUAAAUAUUACAAAUUCCUAUAUUAGUACCAACAAUUAAAUGACACAAUAUGUUAUCUAAGGUGCUCAGUACUAUAUGAAGUAUAAGUGAAUAACUAAACAGUUUGCAAAGAAAAUUCAUAUUAUAUAUAUUUAUAGAAAAAAUAAUGAUAAAUACAGAUGCUAUUUCUUCAUUUUCAGAUUUUGAACUGAUUCAUAUUUGGAUGGAUAGACAAAUGAAAUAUGGACCUACUCCACAUUUAUAAGAGUAUAGUGAAUAUUUAUAUUUUAGAGGAAAAGAAUAUAUUUAAUAAAGUCAUUUAUUGGA